AUGGCCGACAACUCCAACUCUAACAACAUUAACGCCACAGCCCCUCUCGAGCCAAUCGCCGUAGUUGGUCUGGCUUUGCGCCUGCCUGGUGGCGCCAACGAUGCUGACGGCCUUUGGGAGCUUCUCGAGAGUGGCCGACCGGCAUGGACGCCGGUGCCAGAAGACCGGUACAAUGGAGAUGCCUUUUACCACCCCAAUGCCGACGAUGCUACCGGCACCAGUAACCACCCUGGCGGACACUUUAUCUCGGGGGAUGUUCGCGACUUUGAUAAUACCUUCUUCAAAUACUCCAAGGCGCAAGCCGCUGCCAUCGACCCACAACAACGCAUCCUCCUAGAACUCGCCUACGAGGCUCUCGAAAGCGGUGGUAUCCCCCGCGAGGAUGUCGCCGGGACAGCCACCUCGGUCUACUCAGCCCUAUUCCCAAUGGAUUAUGACCGCAACCUGUACAAGGACACACUCGACAUGCCCACCUACUACAUGUCAGGCGUAGAAAAGGCAAUGCUAUCGAACCGUAUCUCACACGUGAUGGAUCUGCGCGGUCCCUCAAUGACGCUCGAUACAGCAUGCUCCGGCGGCCUUAUUGCCCUGCAUUUGGCCUGCCAAAGUCUGCGGGACGGCGAGUCGGACACAUCCAUUGUCGGCGCCUCUAAUCUCACGCUUGGUCCCGACCACUUCAUCGGCCUGAGCAAUCUACACAUGCUCAGUAGCACCGGACGCUGCUACCCGUUCGACCAGCGUGGCAAGGGGUAUGGUCGUGGUGAGGGUGUAGUUGUGCUGGUUCUGAAGCGUCUUGAUGCCGCGAUCCGGGACCGUAACCCCAUCCGAGCAGUGAUCCGAAAUACCGCCACGGGUCAGGAUGGCUACACACCCCAGGGGAUCACCUAUCCCAAUGGCAAGGCACAAGCCAACCUAGCACGUACGGUGUACAGCCGAGCGGGUUUGUUGCCGGAAGAAGUUGCCUACGUUGAGGCCCACGGCACUGGCACGAAGGCCGGUGAUCAGGAAGAGUUGGACGGCAUUGCAAGUGUCUUUACCGGCUCUAAGGAACGCUCGGUACCUCUCUAUGUUGGGUCUAUUAAAGGUGCCAUCGGCCACGGCGAGAGCGCGGCUGGUCUUUCCAGCUUGGUCAAAGCAACUUUGAUGUUGGAACGUGAGCUAAUCCCUCCAGUCGCCGGUUUUGAGACCCCGAAGCCAGGUUUGCCGUUAGACAAGAUAAAGAUCCCGACUGAGGUGAUCCCCUUCCCACAAGCUGCCGGUAUCACCCCCCGAAUCUCCAUCAAUAGCUUCGGCUUUGGUGGUGCAAAUGCCCACGUUAUCCUUGAACAAGGGCCGCGAAAGGCUCAGAAGGCAUCUAGCUGCGACGAUGGCUUCUCUCGCCUCUUCACACUCUCCGCAAAUAGCCCGGCAUCCCUGAAAGCCAUGAUCCAGGCCCAGCACGCAUGGGUCGAGCAACGCGCAGAGACACCCUUGGCUGAUCUCUCGUACACGCUCUUACACCGUCGCUCUGCACUGCCGUAUCGUUUCAGUGCCGUGGCAAAUGACCGAGCCUCGCUACUCGAGGCACUCCAGCAGGGGAUCGCUGGCCCCGCGGCCAAGCCCGUACCUGCUGAGGUGGAUAUCGUCGCCAUUUUUACUGGUCAGGGCUCCCAGUGGGCGGGAAUGGGCCGCGAGCUGCUGCUGGAGUCCAACCCAAGCCCCAUCUUCCGCGAUUCUAUUCGCAAAUCCCGCGAUAUCCUAAACCAGCUGGGUGCCGACUGGGACUUGGAGACUGAGCUUCUUCGCAAUCCUAAAGAAUCUCGCAUUAACGAGGCCAUGCUUGCACAGCCUUCCACGACCGCCGUUCAGAUAGCCCUCCUCGAACUACUCCAGGCGCAAGGGGUGCACCCACGCGCGGUUGUAGGCCUCUCGAGUGGUGAGAUUGCCGCCGCGUAUGCCGCAGGACAUCUGACGCACGAGACUGCCCUCAAGGUUGCUUACCACCGUGGCUUCAUGGUGGCUGCCGUCAAGGCCAGAGGCCUUCCCCGCGGCGCUAUGCUGUCUGUUGGACUCGGCGAGCAUGAUGCCUCCAAAUAUCUGGAGAACUUACCUAAAGGUAAGGCGGUGAUCGCUUGUAUCGCGAGUCCCCGAAGUGUGACUAUCUCGGGUGAUGCCGAUGCCAUUGAGGAAGUGGACAACCGCAUCGCCCUGGCCAACGAUGGAACAUUCCACCGCCUGCUGCAAGUUGAUACUGCAUACCACUCACACCACAUGGGGGCAGUCGCGCAGGAGUACCGCGAUCGUCUCGGUGUCUUAGAUGUUGAGCGCAGGCCUACUUCCAAUGGCAAGCCUGUUGAAUAUGUAUCGUCUGUUUCGGGCGAGCCCAAGUCGUCUGGGUUCGACGCUGAAUACUGGAUCGACAACUUGGUAAACCCGGUCCGCUUCUCCGAUGCCGUUGAGACCCUCGUCAGAGCUCGCCACCAGUCUGGUCAAAAUGUUUUCUUCGUCGAGGUCGGCCCGCACCCAGCACUGGCUGGACCAGUCCGCCAGACCUUGCAGCAACCGGACAUGCCCCAGAUCUCUUAUGACUACCAGGCACCUCUGCAGCGUAAGUUUAGUGCUAUCGAGAGCACCUUAACGUUCAGCGGCAAGCUGUUUGAACGCGGAGUUCGCGUCAACUGGGAUCCUGUGUCCGCACUCGCUCCAGGGGCAGACACCGCAUUAGUGCGCCACGAUCUGCCCGCAUACCCAUGGGACCACUCAACCAAACACUGGCAGCAGUCCCGCGUGACGCGUGCAUAUCUCACACGCAAAGAGCCAUACCAUGAUUUGCUUGGUGUUCCCGUUCCCGAUGCCACUGAUCUCGAGCCCCGCUGGCGCCAUUUCAUCAGCAAGGCUAGUUUGCCAUGGCUGGAAGACUACGUGGUUGACGGGGUGACAACCUUCCCCAGCGCAGGAUUCGUCAGUAUGGCAGUUGAGGCCGUGGCACAGCUCGCCCGUCGCCGUAUCGCCGACCUGCCACUUGAGGCAUUCUCUCUCCGUGAUGUUUACUUCAAGCGUGGACUUGUCGUGCCCGAUCGGGAACGGGUGGAAUUACAGUUGAGUCUCCGACCACAGUCUGGUUUGGACUUCGGCUUUACCUUCACCAUCACGGCUCUCUCACAUGAUGACAAUGAGUGGCAUGAGCAUGCCACUGGUGUUGUUGAGGCUGUGGUGGCAGAAGGCCGUCCCUCUGCUGACGAAGCCGCGCCGGAGGAAUUGCCCCAGCUUCCUUCUAAGAGUGAGAUUGUCUCCAGGGAAGUCCUCUAUCGCGAAAUCGAAGCGGUUGGCAACAAGUAUGGCCCAUCGUUUGCCGGUCUGGACUCCUACACUAUUGCGAGUGAUGCUUCGCAGGCCUUGUCCUCGUUUGGCAUUCUCGACAUCAAGGCUUCCAUGCCUAGACAGCACCAGCGCCCCCACGUUGUCCACCCAUCCACCCUCGAAAUUGUUUUCCACUCGUCCCUGCCGCUUGUCGGCCGCCGUCUGGGCUCCGGAACUAUUACGCCGGUGCACAUUGAUGAGUUGCUAAUCUCCUCUAGUCCUUCUUUGCAGAAGCCCAGUACCAAGCUGGAUAUCUCGACCCAGCUAUCGUCGAGCCAUCUGCGCACUGCCGUUUCCGACAUUUCGGUGCUGGCUAGUGGGGACCGCGUGCUCUCGGUUUCGGGCAUGGAGUUCAAGAGCGUUGGGUCGAGCUCUGCAGCAACCACCGACGCUGCAAGCGCUGCAAAUGCGCGAAACAUCUGCUACGAGCUCGGCUGGAAGCCAGAUGUAAACUAUGUGCGCGCUGAGGACUUGCCAGAAAGCCCAGCGUUGGCCGACCUUCUUACACUGAUCACCAGCAAGAAGCAUGGCCUUACAACCAUUGGUCUGGGUGCUACAGUUGAUGCAUCCGAAGAGGUCCUUACUACGAUCGAGUCCCAGAACAGGGUGAUCGUGCACGACUUUGUUGACUCCACUCCGGGCCGCUUCGAUGCUGCUGCUGCGCGCCUUGGUGAAUUCCAGGUGCAGUACCGCACCCUCCGCCCCCAGUCCAACCCUGCGUUGCGUGGUUUCCGAACCGGUGCGUACGAUCUCGUGCUGGUUGGAUCGGCCCAGUGGCUCAACCAGGCCGCCGUCCUUGUUCGACCUGGUGGUACAGUGCUCCUGGUAUUCAGCGGACGCAACGCCAAGGGUGACUCAUGGCGCGCCACUCUGCAGGGAACGAAGCCUACUCGCCUUGAAGAGCAGCUGGCCUUCCGUGAGGCUGCUGACGGCCGGUUGAUUGCCGUUGCAAAGCCAUCUAGGUCUCAGCUCCCUGGCCAUAUCCACAUCGUCACACACUCGACCUCCAAUGCUCCUGCUUGGGUUACUGCUGUUCAGAAAGCACUGAGCACUUCAGAUGCUAAGAUCUCACUCAAUACCUUUGACUCUCUACAUGUGGAGGCCCUCACCACCGAUGAUACUGUCGUUGUGAUCGAUGACAAACCCGAUACUCCGAUCAUCGCAGAGGCCGCUACAUUCCAUGGAGCCAAGUCUCUCCUAUCCAAGCCAUCCCGUCUGGUGUGGCUUGCGCCCGAUGAGGCGCGCUUCCACCAGAUUACAGGCUUCGCACGCACAGCCCACGCGGAGAACGAUGAUCUGCGAAUGACUACGAUCCAUGCAGCCUCGGGCGUGCUUGCCAAGGAGAGUGCCCACGAGCGUCUGGUGAGCCUUGUCGCCGAUGCAGUCCGUCAGGUGGCAGAUCGCAAGGCCCCGCACGAGGAGCGGGAGUAUCGUAUCCGCACAAAUGGUGCUGUGGUUGUCCCUCGUAUCCACCGCAAUGAGACAAUCAACACUGCUGUCACUGCUGAUGGGGAAACCGGCCCGAAGACUGAAACGGUUCGCUUCGCGGACAGCAAGCGGCCUUUGGCUCUUGCCUCCGACGGGUCACCCUUCUUCGAGGAUGAUAACAAUGUCUAUGCCACGCCAUUAGCGGUGGAUGCGAUUGAAGUGGAGGUCCAAGCUCUUGUGGUUUCCGCUACUGAGGCACCUGCUUCCCUUGGACAGUACGCAGGAAUUGUUGCGAAGGUGGGUGCUAAUGUCAGCUCUUUGACUGCCGGCGAUCGCGUUGUCGCGCUGUCUCCCGUUGUUGGCGCCUCUCGACUGCGCAUUCCCCGUUCUCACGCCGCUCGCAUCCCGGCCGACGUGCAAUCAAGCACCGCAUCCGCCUUGCUUUUGAAUGCCAUGUCAGCUUUGUAUGCUAUUCGUGACGUGGCCCACCUCUCCUCUAGUGAGAGUACCGUCCUGAUUCAUGGAGCGCGCACUGCAGCUGGACGGGCAGCCGUUGCUCUAGCCCGAUCCAUCGGUGCCCGUGUUACGGCUACAGCGGCUGAUGCGAAGGAAGCUCGCUUGCUCAAGGAGCAACUUGAGAUCGAUGCUGCUGAUGUGCUUGUUGCCCGUCGCUCUCUCCACCGUCGCUCCGCGCACGAGGUCUUUGCCGGUGGACUCGACGCGGUCAUCCAGAUUGCUGAGGAUGCCGUCCCCGUUGAAGCAUUGGCGUUUGUCAAGCCAUUCGGAAAUUUUGUGGUCAUUGGUCACCCAUCUUCCCCAGUCGCUAGUGCGCCAAAGAUGCCUCCUAAUAUGGCCUUCCACUUCGUCGACAUUUCUGCUCUUCUGCAGGCUCGUGCUGAUCUGGCAGGCUCUCUUGUCACCUCCGCCGUGGCUGCGCUCGAAAAUACCCCGCUGGCAGGACUGGAUAUCGAGGCCUUUGACGUUUCCGAGGCAGCUGAGGCGUUGGAAUUGGCCAAUGCGAAUACUGAUGCAAAGGUGGUGCUUCAUGCCAACCCUGACUCAACAGUCCAGGUUCUUUCCGCGCCCAACUCGGACCCUUGGGCCGAUGAAGAGGCCACAUACGUCGUUGCCGGUGGCCUCGGUGACAUUGGGCAGAGAUUCCUGGCCAUAAUGGCGAGCCGCGGUGCCAAACACAUCGCCACGAUCACCCGUCGCGGUGUUGACCCCGAGACAUACCGCGCCCUCCAAGCCAAGCUGGAGGCUAUCCGGCCUGGUUUCCGCCUGUACGCUCUCAAGGGCGACCUGUCGUCUGAGUCCAGCGUCCGCGAGGCCGCAGCAGAAGCCACUCGCCAGGGUGCGCCUCCAGUGCGCGGUGUCAUCCAAUCUGCUAUGGUCAUGAUUGACCGUCCCCUGGAGCUGACUACAUAUGAUGACUUCCAAAAUGUUACAGCAAGCAAGGUCAACGGCACACUGAACCUCCGCCACGUCUUCGGCUCUCCCGACCUGAAGUUCUUCCUCUCACUCUCGUCCGUCUCCAACAUCGUGGGCUGCCAAGCCGAGGCCAGCUACAACGCCGGAAACUCACUGCAGGACUCACUCGCCCACCAGGAGAAGCACUUGCUGGAAGACAGCACUCGUUUCUUGACCAUCAACAUCGGCUGGACCGACGAUGCUUCGCUGUUGAUGCACGAUGCCACGCGCCAGGGCGUCCUUCGCCGCGCCGGUUUUGGUAUCACCCGCUCCGAGGAGCUCUCGCGUUUCAUCGACCACGUCCUCGGUGCUGCAAACGGUCAUGAGGCCCCCACCUGGGACCAGGCCAUCAUCGGCUUCGAUACCGAAUCCCUCGCCGGUGCGACCGCCCACAACGGCACCAUCAAGUCCAACAUGUUCAGCCAGGUCCGCGACGCCGGACGGGCCGCCUCAGGCGAACAGGACCAGGGCGAGGAGAAGACCUUUGAACAGGUCAUUGCCGAGGGCAACGUGGAGGCUGUGGUGGAAUAUGUCUCCCGCGCCGUGUCGCAACAGCUGGCCCGUCUUAUCUCGGUGGACGUGAGCAGCAUCGACCUGCGCGAAGGAUCUAUUCUGGAAUUGGGUCUCGACUCACUGGUCGCAGUCGAGCUGCGCAACUUUGUCACGCGACAGUUUGUGGCGACUCUGAAGUCGUCGGAUAUUCUGGCUAACCAGUCAGUAUGGGCCCUGGGUGAGAAGAUCGCGGCUCGCUCCAAGAUGGUGAAUGUUUCGGCUUGA